AUGAGUCUCAAGUUGCAGUCAUCUGAAAAUGGGGACCCUGCAAGAUACUCUCUGAUGUUUGAGCAUUUCUUGGUACCAUUGGAGUCAUACGACGUGGACUUCAAGCUUGGUCCCAAGCAAUUGGCUUCACAGCAGGAUCUCAAGGAUGUGUUACUUUAG